AUGUCAAAGGCUAUGGGACUUGCUGGCAAAAUCUACAAGUCCCACUCGACACCUGCUCAAAUCCGCGACCUGAACGACUUUACGCUGCAGGAUUGCGGGAUUACCGACUCCUCCGACAGGAAGCAGGUGUUGGCAGCAUUCAGGAAAGCAGGCUUCACUCCCAUACCCGUCAAACCUAAACGCGGUACUGCGUCGAAGCGGGCUAGAGAUUCAGAUGGCGCAGAAGACUCUAGUCCAUCCACGACAUCGCCAUCCAAGUCUGCGGGAAAGUCAUUUUCCUCCGGCUCCCCUGCUGUUGAUGCUAUUGUAAGUGACCAGUCGGCCGUCGAUCUUCUCAUGCUACCUUCAUCCAAGAUUACGCCACCGAAACGAAAAAGAACGAAAAUUGUCAAGAAUGAGUUUCUUCCGGACGGGCCGCAAGAGGAAGGUUCUACCCUUGGAAGUCUUGAGUUCAAUGAAGUCUCGGACGAAGCGGUCCUUUCUUCCAAGUUUGUUGUCAUAAAUCGAGCACCGGUGAUGACUGCUUGGGCCAUGGUAGUCGCAGAGACUAUGAACUUUAAGAGAGAAGAAGCCUUGAGUAUCGCAUCGGUCUAUACAGAAAUGAACGCUAUAUCCAGAGGAGUGAGCAUCGGCCUUUACAAGUCUGGGAAGGAUCGUGGUAUGGAAGUCUCUCGGUCUGGUAGCCAACCCUUCGUUGAACUCAUGGGUAGAAGGUAUCAUUAUACCAUGCCCCGAACAACCUCGCUCACAGAAUUCUCGAAUAGACCACUUUAUCAGACGCAGGAAGGCCAAUGGCGGGCCCUCUCUAAUAAUUCGCCCGUUCCGCCUAUGACCGCAUUUGGCUACAUUUGCCGCUCUUUUCGCCAGACUACCCCCUUUGUGAUAGGAGCGAUGAAGCUGUUGGCAAGCAGCUACUCAUCGAAAUCGUUGAAUCGGUGUGGAUACUCCCUUUAUUGCGAUUUCCGGCCAGAUGCAGAGCAGUGGGGGAAGCGUUCUCAACUCUCCUGCUCAAAGAUACUCUCUCUGCGAAACGAGGCUACCGUCGAAUCUUCAACACCUACAGCACCGGAAGUCGUUCACGCGACUGCAGCAUCCAUCGACGAAACUCAGCUUGCGCGGGAACAGUCUUCGCGCCCACUAACCUUGGAAGAGUUCGAAGCUGCCUUGGACGAAGACCACACUUUUGACCACGUCGACCUGGACUACUCACGCUCGGGCCCUCGGUCACAAGUAUGA